ACCGAACCUAACCUUUUUCUAUGGGAAGCCAUGAUGGAAGUUUGAGAGUUAGCAGGGGAGAAACAAGAAAAGGAAAGGGGGCAUGCAUGGGAAAUCGCUGAAAAUGAUUUCGUCAAAAACACAGUAGCAAAUUUUCACCAUCAAGGUGGAGGCUGUCAAUGUAUCCCACGUCUGUUGGAAUUUUGAAACCGUGGAUGGUUCGAUUGGAAAUAUUUUAGCGUUAAAAUUUCGUUUUUUAAAGAAUAUACGUGCUAGCAAACUAUGGAGCUAGCCAGCUAACCAGCCGCUAUCCAAAGCCACAGUACUUGUGUGCAGAUAGCAAGUCGUCUGUCACAGUUCUGGCUUAGGACCGCCGGAGAGGAUCCUCUCCGCCUUUGCAGCUCAAUCACGGCGGCUGCGGCGGUCUCAGAGACUUGGCGUGUUUUCAGAUUAUUGCGGUGCGAGACUUGGAGGAUUGUCUACCUUUUCACUUGGAGGAUUGCAAGCCAGUUAGUGGGAUCUUGGAAGCCGGGCCUGCGGUGGCCCUCCUUUAUGAGCCAGCAGCAGAAGCCAUUCUAGCAAAUAGCCCUGAACGUCAGUUAGCUAGCAGGAGCUAGCUGACAUAACCAUUCACUCCAAGGGGACUGCGAAAUCAAGCAACCAAAAGGGAGCGAAGGCAUUUUAAUAAAAAAAAAUACUUUAUUGUAACCUGACAAACUCAAGGACACCUGUCACAGCCAUGGCUGCGAAAAUAAAGGAGUUUGUUAGUAGAAACAAGAGAAGAUAUCAGGAAGAUGGAUUUGACUUGGACUUGACCUAUAUUUAUCCAAACAUAAUCGCUAUGGGCUUUCCUGCCCAGAGAAUUGAGGGGGUCUACAGAAACAACAUAGAUGAUGUUGUACGGUUUCUAGACUCCAAGCAUAAAAAUCAUUAUAAAAUCUAUAAUCUAUGCGCUGAAAGAAAUUAUGAUGCUACCAAAUUUAAUUGUCGUGUGGCCCAAUACCCUUUCGAGGACCAUAAUCCUCCACAACUGGAGCUGAUUAAGCCCUUUUGUGAAGACCUUGACAAGUGGUUGAGCGAGGAUGAUAAUCAUGUGGCGGCCAUCCACUGCAAAGCAGGGAAGGGGCGCACCGGCGUGAUGAUCUGCGCCUACCUGCUCCACCGGGGCAAGUUCCUCAAGUCCCAGGAGGCGCUCGACUUCUACGGCGAGGUUCGGACCACAGACAAGAAGGGAGUGACUAUUCCCAGCCAGAGGCGCUAUGUCCACUACUACAACUACCUGCUGAAGAACAACCUGGAGUACAAGCCUGUGGCGUUGCUCUUUCACAAGAUGGUGUUUGAGACUGUGCCAAUGUUUAGUGGAGGCAACUGCAGGGAGACUGGUGUUAAAAACAAGAUCGAGCAGAUUCCCCACGGUUUCAGGAAAGGGAAUUGGCACUGGGAUCCCCAGUUUGUGGUCUACCAGCUGAAGGUGAAGAUCCACACCUCCAACCCCAUGCACACGCGACGCGAGGACAAGUACGUGUUCUUCGAGUUCCCCCAGCCCCUGCCAGUGUGUGGGGACAUCAAGGUGGAGUUCUUCCACAAACAGAAUAAAAUGAUGAAGGACAAGAUGUUCCACUUCUGGGUGAACACGUUCUUCGUCCCCGGACCAGAGGAGAACUGCGAGAAGAUGGAGAACGGGGGUCUGGUGAAGGACCUGGACAGCCUCCCGGCGGCGGAGAAGGGGGAGAACGGCAGGGAUUACCUCAUCAUGCCGCUGACGAAGAACGACCUUGACAAGGCCAACAAGGACAAGGCCAACCGAUACUUCUCCCCGAACUUUAAGGUGAAGCUGUACUUCACGAAGACGGUGGAAGAACCGUCCAACUCCGAGGCCAGCACCUCCACGUCAGUCACGCCGGAUGUAAGUGACAAUGAGCCGGACCAUUACCGAUACUCGGACACCACAGACUCUGACGCCGAUAACGAACCGUUCGACGAGGAGCAGCAGAUAACGAAAGUCUGACAAUAUUUUUUAUGGUGGAAAUAAACGAAAGACACACACACAUACAAAGAGACGUACACAAAAAAAACCUGAACGUUUGAAAAAAGGAGAAAACUUGAAUAUGAACUGAAAAAGCAAGUACCUUUUUUUUAUUAUUUUUUUUUUUCCUCUUUUCCAGACUGAGGUAGUUUGUCACAAAAAAAUGGCCACUGGUUUGUAGGGACAAUAAUCUCGACCAAUCACUUUCUUUCCUGCUUUGUUUUGUCUUUCCUUUUUUUGUUUUUACUCUGUCCCUUCUCUCUCAUGUGCAAGUAUGGACACCGGCUCUCAGUCCUAAAGGUUCACUAGCUAGUAUGUACAUAAUGUCACGUGGUUGAAGGGGGGGAGUGAAACGCGCAAUCAGGAGAGUGGAGACCAGGGGUCGGGAGACAACUCAGUCAAAAAAAGCUAAAGCUCGCUGCUCCUUCUCCUUUCCAUACCAAGGCCAGUGCUCCAUGAGCUUUCUCUCUCUCUUUCUUUUUUUUUUUUCUCUCUCUCACUUUCUCUUCCUCUCUCUCUCCAUCUCCCCCCCCCCCCCCCCCCCCCUUUCUCUGUGACCAUGUCCUAACUACACGCAACAUGAUAGGGUGCAACAAGGAAAUCCCAUCUCUUCCAUGUUGUUUUUGUCUGAAUCGGCUGUGUCUGUUAAAGGCCUGCUCUCACACUAAGAAGGUUCUGACGACUA